AUUUAGCCGGAGGCCACAUUCGCUGCAGCCGCGCAGCUAAAUUACCGGCGACACCAUGGAUAGGCUGGGCUUACGGUGCCCUCUGCCAGGCUACCCUCGGUCCUCUGUCCUUAUAUGCCUCCUGAUCCUGACAGCCUCUCUCCUGACAUACCCCCUGAUCAGGACCCUUAGCCUGCAGCUCCAUUCAGCUGUCACUGGCAGUUUUGUCUCCGGCACUUAUUCCAUCGUCUUUGUCAACUGCCCCAACGAGCAAAUUGCCAGAGAUAUUGCCAGGGCUGUACUGGGCAAGAAGCUGGCUGCCUCGGUGAACAUUCUGCCCGAGGCAUCCUCGCUCUACUUCUGGAAUGGAGAAAUAGAAGAAGCCACGGAGAUUCUGUUGUUAAUGAAGACAAAGACUUCCAAGGUCCACACUUUGUCCAGUUAUGUCAGGCUGGUGCAUCCUUUUGAAAUCCCAGAGAUCUUCAGUCUUCCCAUGGACCAGGGAGACGUGCACUAUCUGAGGUGGCUGAAGGAGGGCAUGGAGGAGGACUGAGCGCGCGAGGCUCUCUGUGAACCCUGCUGGCUGCCUGUGGCCUUCGUCCCCUGCACUCUGGGGAAGGGAGGCCUCUUUCGGCCUCCUAGCAUCUCUGGAUUCUGUGUUUUUUUUGUCAGCACAGAGGAGCUAAAUAACUUGUGGACAUUGAAGGUCCGAGGCUUCUGAGGCUAGAAGAGGAGGCUGGGCCAGUCAGGCUAGGCAAAAACCCGCCGGAACUUGUGUCUGAGUGCAUCACCCUUGAAUGUGCCCCCAAGGGUGGGAGAGCAAGGGUGGUUUUGUGCAGGGGUGGCAGUGGGAGUGAGGUUUUUCAUCUUCAGCAGUCGCUGGGCUUACCUCGCGUGUCUAGGGUGGGAUUACUCUCCUGGUUCUCAGGAGGAGGAAUAGAACUGAUGACCUGUUUGCCUAGGAGGGUGUGGGAUGAAUGUCUCCUCCUAGAGGAACGGGCAAGUGCUUUCUGUAUUCAAAGCAUGGACUGUGAAUGGUCCAAUAUCAGGGACAAGCAGGAUUCUUCCUCCUAGCUGCGGAGGGUGCUUGUGAUCCCUGAGCCCCGAGGAGCGGGCCUGGGGAUGGGCUCCAGGAGUGUGUGCAGGACUGGGGGAACAGCCGUGUUUAGACGCAGCCUCCUGGGUUGGGAAUGAGUCUUGCCUCUUUCCUAGCCCGAAUAUGGCAGAUCUCAGGAGGUCCCGUUGCCUUGCUCAGUGGAGACAUAGGCUCUGAGCCCACCAUACUAACUGUUUUACCUGAGCACUGAAACUGAGCAUCCUACAGUAGGAAAGAACCCUGGGGAACUUCUAGGCUCUUGUUUUUCAGACUUGCUCCACAGAGCCCCCCUGCGGCUGGCAGAAGGUACUCCCUGCUUCCCCCCACUACUUCAGUCAUGCAACUAACUGGACUUUUACUAUUUUAACGUAUUGAGCUGUCUUGUGAGAUUUGUAGGAUUUUUUAAAAGUUUUCAUUGUUAAAAGUUGUAAACCAGGGUCUAAGCCAGUCUCUGUGCAGAUGACUGGAGAAAACUGAACUACACCAAGGUCCAGAAAGGGGGUGUGUUGUUACUAAGGGUGCAACCAAGGCUGCUCGCCCUGCGUCUGGUGCUGCCCUGUCCCUGCCCCCUGCCCCCCCGCCCGUACCAGUGGAGGAGGGCCGGGGAGGCUGAGCUUCCUGUAGGGUGAGGAGGAGAGAAACGUGACCUAGGCCCCUCCAGGAGUCUGUCACAAGGUAACUCCACUCUGGGGAGUCCGUGGGCAGUUGGGGUGAGGGUCCCCUGAGAGAGGGUCCACAGACAUCUGUGGUUAUCUGGGCCCUUCUUUCAGAGGGAAUGGUGUGUGGGAGGGGUGGUGCCAGGCUCUCAUUCUGACUGACACCUCCUGUUUCUGGACCUUAGUUCCCCUGAACAUGAAACAGGGGGUGGGGGGGGGGUGUUUCCCAGGGUCCUUCUGUGGAAGCUCUGUCGGGGUUCAGGCUGAGGCCCUUUCAGAGGUCCAGAGAGUUCUUUUCUGGCAGCCAAUGGGGAUGGGGGCGGGCUCUUCCAAGAGGAGAACAGGGAGAGUGAUGACGGUGAUGUCCCUUUUCACAGCCAAUGUUUCUGAUCACGUAAGAAAAACCUGGUGUGAAGUCACCUUGUCCGCAAAUACGCAGGGGACCCCACGUGGACCACCUGUGUUGCUUUCAGGAUCAAGUCCAGUUUCUUGGUCCGGUGCUCAAGGCCCGUCAUAACCUUGGCCCACCUCACUUGUCCAUCCUCACCCACCUCUCCUUGCCCACUCCGGCCAGUGGCUGGCUCCAGUGAGCCGCUGCACGUUGUUCCUGGGCUCAGGCUCAGGCCGUCCCCUCCGCCCGGGGAGCGCGUCCACAUGCCUGCGGUGGCUGUACCCUUAGUACAGCCGUGGGGGCUGGGCCAGGACCUGGACUAGUGUUCCCACGCGGGAACACCUUCCCAGCGUCUCUCAGGAAGUGUGUGUUUUUGACUCUGGAGUCCCCAGAAAAAUCAGUUGAAGAAAUGAGAAAACAUAUUGAAAUGAUCUGUGAUACUAAAGCUUAAAAGCAUAGAGACAUCACUGGUGUGAAGGACUCCAUCUGACGAGAAGCAAGCAGGAAACGCCAGCACGCCGAGUUGCAGGUCAGGGGGGCCGAGGCCAGAGCAUGGCGGGGAGAGAGAGGCUCGCUGCCCAGUCUUGCUCGCGAUGUUAUGAUGUUACGUGAGCAGGGUGUGUCUGUAGCCCUGCCCGCUGCAAACCGUGAGUCGUUCUUGCAAGUAAAGUAAGUUUAUACACAGUG